AUGUCCCGCACCAAGAUUCCCCCCAGCGGCAUUUGGGCCCCCGCAGUAACUCUCUUCAACCCCGAUACCGACGAGCUUGACCUUGAGGCGCAAACAAAGUACUACUCCUACCUGUCCAAGACGGGCCUCGCCGGCCUUGUCAUCCUCGGCACCAAUGCUGAACAGUUUCUCCUGACCCGCGAGGAGCGCAAGGCCCUGAUCGCCACCGCCCGCAAGGCGACCGGCCCCGACUUUCCCAUCAUGGCCGGCUGCGGCAUGCACUCGGUCAAGCAGGUCCUCGAGCUCAUCAACGACGCCAAGGAGGCCGGCGCCGACUCCGCGCUCGUUCUGCCCCCUGCGUAUUUCGGCAAGCAGACGACUCCCGCCGUCAUCGACCGCUUCUUCAACGAGGUCGCCGAGAAGACCCCUCUGCCCAUCGUCAUCUACAACUUCCCCGUCGUAUGCAACGGCAUCGACCUCGACAGCAGCACCAUCGCCAAGCUGGCCAAGAAGCACGAGACCAUCGUCGGCGUGAAGCUCACAUGCGGCUCCGUCGCAAAGAUUGUCCGCCUGUCCGCCGAGCUGCCGGCAGACAAGUUCGCCACCUAUGGCGGCCAGUCCGACUUCCUCCUCGGCGGCCUCGCCUCCGGCAGCGCGGGCUGCAUCGCGGCCUUCGCCAACGUCUUCCCCCGCGUGACGGUGCAGAUCUACAAGCUGCACGCCGAGGGCAAGAUCCAGGAGGCGUUGGAGCUCCACCAGAAGGCCGCCAUUGCCGAGCAGGCCACCAAGGCGGGCAUCGCGACCGUCAAGUACGCCGCCUCCGUUUUCACGGCGCCGCGCGCCGGGUUGAAGGGACAGGAUAAGCUGUUCCAGCCGCGGAGUCCUUACUUGCCCGCGAGCGAAGACCAGAAGAAGGCGGUGCACUACCUGAUGGAUGAGCUCAACAAGGUCGAGGAGGAACUUGCGGGUUCCAGUUGA